UGGAGACUUCAUUUCGAGAUGUAACGAAGAAGUAUAAUACCUCUCACAACACAACGGCUACUCAGCGGUGCCUUGUCUCUUGAGGCACACAGUAUACUAAGAUAUAUCCAAUUCAUUACGAUCCUUUCUCAGCUGUCGACCCCUUGCCAGAAGUCGUCCUCCACUCCUUCCCGUACGCCGCAAAUAUCCCCGAGUCGAAACGGGAUUGUGGGACUAUUAUGGGUUGCUGCUCGAGCAAGGAGGACUACUACGACAUACCCCGGCGAGAGGACAACCUCCCGGGCCGGACUCACUUUCCCAAGACUACUGCGCAGUCAAUCAUAGCCCAAGCCCCAGCACCAACUCACAACAAAGCCCAAAACGCCCGCAGGCCCCACGCUCACUACGAUGACGAGAACCUCUUUGCGAAUGAACGAAUCAAGUUGACGCCUCUGCCAGGCAUUGCGCUGCCGAAUAAUAACCGGCCUGCACCUGUCCUUUGGGCAUAUCCAGCCAACAAUUUCGACUACACCACCCAGAAUAGGUUUGGGAGACCGAUGGGAGGCAACGGUGUAGAUGCUGGGCCUAUGAGAAUUGUCACGGAUAGGAACCGGAACAUCCAGGGAAUGAUCCUGCAUCCUCUUGGGGAUCCAGUGACCUUUGAACGAGCGCAAGAGAGGAACCGUCGCCGCCCUGACUACCGGGCCGAUUAUUAA